AUGUCGAGUGAUACGGCGAAGAAUUUUUCAAACCUUGAGACUCCUGGGUAUGUUGGAUUUGCCAAUUUGCCUAAUCAGGUCCAUCGGAAAUCUGUAAAAAAAGGUUUUGAGUUCACACUGAUGGUUGUAGGGGAGAGUGGGUUGGGAAAAUCAACUCUUGUGAACUCUCUGUUUUUAACUGACCUAUAUCCUGAGAGAGUUAUUCCAGAUGCUACAGAGAAAUUGAAUCAGACUGUAAAACUAGAUGCGUCUACAGUUGAGAUUGAAGAGCGCGGUGUGAAACUGCGAUUGACUGUUGUUGAUACUCCAGGAUAUGGAGAUGCCAUUGAUAAUACAGACUGCUUCAAAUCAAUUAUACAAUACAUUGAUGAGCAAUUUGAGAGGUUCCUUCGUGAUGAGAGCGGUCUCAAUCGACGUAACAUUGUAGACAACAGAAUUCAUUGCUGUUUCUACUUUAUAUCUCCAUUCGGACAUGGACUUAAACCGUUGGACAUUGAAUUUAUGAAACAAUUGCAUAACAAGGUGAACAUUGUACCCGUGAUUGCAAAGGCAGAUUGUCUUACUAAGAAAGAAGUUCAGAGGCUUAAGUCCAGGGUGAUGGAGGAAAUAGAAAGAGAGGGUAUUAAGAUAUAUCCUUUGCCAGAUUGCGAUAGCGAUGAAGAUGAAGAUUACAAAGAGCAGGUUCGUCAGCUUAAAGCGGCUGUUCCGUUCGCUGUAUGCGGCGCUGGACAGCAACUGGAAGUACGCGGACGCCGUGUCAGAGGCCGUCUCUACCCGUGGGGCGUGGUCGAAGUCGAGAACCCGGAACAUUGCGACUUCAUCAAACUACGGACUAUGCUUAUAACCCAUAUGCAAGACUUACAAGAAGUAACUCAAGAGGUUCAUUACGAGAACUAUCGCUCAGAGAGGUUGGCCAGGAACGGACAAGUACCAAAAAGACAUACAUCAACCGAGAGUGGACUUAGCGACAACUCAAACGAUUUGGCAAAUGGUUCAACUGAUGAUGGUUCUGGACGCGACAAAGUACUCCGUGAAAAGGAAGCGGAGUUGCGUCGAAUGCAAGAGAUGCUUGAUCAAAUGCAGCGUCAAAUGCAACUGCAAGCUGCCAGUACAACAACUGCAUAG